AUGGUGCCAGGGCAGAAUAUCGACCCUCUGUUUCUGUGCCCGCUCUGCCACGACUCCUGGGCGGAUCCGGUGGAGUUGGUGCCAUGCGGCGACAUCUUCUGCAAGCAGUGCAUCGACGUCGCCCGCGCGCAGCACGCGGCGCAGCCGAUGAUCAUGCAGAGCUUUCAGUGCCCGCUGUGCCAAACCGUCUUGCAGAGCGAGAAGAAGCCCAAUCGUAUGCUGCUGAACUCAGUGCUGAUGAUCGAGGUGGAGUGUCGGUACUGCCACUGGCGAGGGACGCGUGAGUCAUCGGAGCAGCAGCAGCAGCAGCACACGUGCACGGGGGCGGACUGCGCCAUGAAGUCGAACCACAACCCCAUCGGGCUGUCAGACGUAGCCUUGUUGACAGCAUCGGCGCCGUCCGAGGCAAUGCCAGCACGAGAGAGCGACGCACAAGCGUCCCCGCCGCCGCCGCCGCCGCCCGCCGUCCGCAAUGCUCCGCGCCGGGCGCAGCGCGAGAUCGAGGAUGGCUACAUCCCCAUCGGCGACGACCCGUCGUCGGCGACGCUGCGAGCCAGCGGCAUGUCACCAUUCAGAGACAGCGUCGAUUCCUCGCACAACGGCCUUCCUACGGAGACGACAUCGGCGAACAGCUCGUGUAUGGUCACCUCGCCGCUGCAGGCACCACAUACGGGUCCCACGAAUGACAGCGCGUCGCCCACGUGCCUGUCGACCAGCGCCUCGCCGACCCACCCCCAAGAGCAGUGGCGGCUCUACGGGCUCACGCAGAUCGAGCACGACCAACUCGUCGGCGUCUUCAUGAUGUUCGACGGCGGCACCGGCCGUCUGAGCCGUGGGCAGCUGCAAGACUUGUGCUUCUGCAUGAACUUUGUGCAGCGCGAGGACGACGUCGACGUUAUCUUCACCAGCAUGGAUCACGAGCGCAAGGGGUACAUCUCGCAGGACAACUUUCUGGGUUGGCUCAGCGCACAUCAGCCAGACCCAUCGGCGCUGUUUGGUCUUAGCCGGUACGAGUACACCGAUGCCCUCUUGCAGUUUCGAACAACCGACCCCGAGUACAACGGCGUCAUCGAUGCACACAGCUUCGGCUCCCUAUGCUUGAGAUACGGGUACGCGCAGACGCCUGAGCAGGCGAUGCGGCACUUCCGGCUGUGCGAUGAGCGGCAUACCGGGUACGUUACCCUUCGACAGUUCCUGCAGACUCUGAAGUUUAUAAAGGCGGGUCGUCACAGGGACCUCGCGGCACCGCCGCCAGCGAUCUUCACAGCUUCCAGCGGCUCACGCGUAGGAUCCGGCCCAGCACAAGCCAUGGCUGCGCCAGGCUCCUCUCCGCCGCUGCACCUUCCUAGGCGGGCCUGCGCGAGCGUCGGGGGCGGCGAGGCGUCCAGCUUCUCGGCCUCUAACGAGUCCGCCUCGCCGCAGGUGAGCGAGUGCUUCUUCAGCGAUACAGCGCAGGCAUCGAUGCCCCCGUACGCGCAGCUGCACGCCCAGCAUUACGGGGCGUCAACUUAUGACCCUCCGGCGCAGCCUCCCAUGCCACCAUUAAGAGCACCACCUCAGUGCCAGCAGCAACAGCAGCAGCAGCAGCGCUUCGUGAACAGCGGCGACAGCACCGUUGGCGGCGUCGCGACGUCGUCUGUUAUUGGCCAGCAAAGGCCAGAAGGAAGCCCGACCACGAAGGCUGCGCCGGUCUCGCGACUGGACCAACGGAAGAGGCGUGACAACCGCGGCGAUGAAGAAUGCGUGGUGAUGUAG